AUGCGGCCUUCAUUCACUUUAUCGUUCCUUCCUUUCACUCCAUUAGUAGCCGCUUGGGCACCGCCAAGCUACAGCGGCUACAUUCUGGAGUGGUACUCCGGGUUUGAAGGUGCGAGUGGCUCCGCCCCUGACAUUUCGAACUGGAAUAUCAUCACAGGUCACCUGGGCGUCAACAAUGAACUGGAGACGUAUACCUCAUCCGCGGCAAAUCUGCAGCGCUCAGGGGGUUCUACGUUGCAGAUCGUGCCGUGGCGAGACUCGUCAGUAGCUGGCGGUUGGUCUUCCGGCCGCAUCGAAAGCAAGUACACAGUCACGCCCGCGGCUGGAACAGUUACUCGUGCCGAGGCCCUGAUCCGAUUCGGAGGAAAUUCCGUUUCGAACAAAGCCGGUUUGUGGCCUGCCUUCUGGAUGUUGGGAAACUCAAUCCGGAAUGGGACCCCCUGGCCAGCAUGCGGCGAGCUCGAUGUUAUGGAGACGGUGAACGGCGCUCUGACGGGCUAUGGCACAAUACACUGUGAUGUAUUCCCCGGGGGGAUCUGCAAUGAAGGCACUGGCAUCGGUGCAUCCACACGGAUUGCAGAUCAAGGAUGGCAUACCUGGACACUAGAGUGGAACCGCAGGCCUGGGAACUGGCAAAGCGAGACUAUUAUCUGGUAUAUAGACGGUAUUGCUUUCCAGUCCAUUACCGGAGACCGCAUCAACAACCAAGCCGUUUGGGACAGCUUGGCACAUAGCCCCAUGUACUUCAUUCUCAAUAUGGCCGUGGGCGGAAGUUGGCCAGGUAACCCUAAUAGCGCGACGCUUGAUGGCUACGGUAGCAUGAUGGAGGUUGCGUAUGUCGCGCAUUAUGGGUUGGCUAAGUCGUGUCGUCGCGCCUACGUAAAAGCGCCUAUCCUCCAAGUCGCCAACGGUCUUGCAAGAACUAUAUCACCUCGGGUCAGAUUAGGUGUAUCGGGAGCCUCAAAAGUAGCCAUACCAGCCUAA